AUUAGAGCUGUGUGUUCCAUCAACCUGCCUAGGCAGUUAUCAACACAUGGUGCAUCUCGUUUCAUCUAUAACCUCCUUCCCUCUCCCUUGUGUUCUAAAGAAAUCUGAGAUGUCUCACCAUUUUAUAUGGAAACAUUCGUCUUGCAUCUCCAGCAUGUAACUCUUUCAUAAAUAGCCUCGGUAAUAUGAUCCCGUAAAAAACUCAUAAUGUCUCACUGUUAUAAAAUAUCAGUUUUAGUUUUUCCAGUUGUCUUAUAAUAUUUUUACAUUUAUGUCUUCAAAUCAAGAUCUAAAUAAGGUCUGUACAUUGUAAUUGGUCUUAAUCUACAGAUUUUCUCCACUCUUCCUAAUAACAUCUACCUUGUGAUCUUAGCAGCCAUUGAUAAUUGCCUAGAAAAUCCACUAAUUCACCGGGAGUUGCGAAAUGGUGCUCUUCUCUCAUUCUUUUUGUUAUUGUUUCUGUGUUGCUUAUUAGAAGUAUACCUCUAUAAAGAGAGGUUUCCUCUCAUCAAAUAUUUGGCCAUCUUGAGAUAUUGUAGGUAAAGAGAGAUAGGAUAAAUUUUUUCCUUUUAUUCACCAACUUUUAAAAUUUAGUUACCCAGUAUCCUCCAAAGGCUCAUUGAGUGAGUUUGUGUUACUCAUCUUUGUGAACUCAUGGAUUUAAUCAUGUUCGAUGUGUUCCAGACCAUCACAGUAACCGUCCUCAUUGAUGCUCAGAUUGCCCAGCUUUGGCCAGUAGGAGCCUUUAAGUUGGCUUCUGAAUUCUUUUGAUUCAGUGCUCCUAGUCUUUGAUAGUUUUGUUUCCUGGUAUGGUGAAAUGUUUCAAGUUCAUCUUAUACAUCCCCUGCCUGAAACCUAGAAUCAGCCAUCCCUCUAAAGAGUCCUGGUCUCAUAGCCAUCCUCUGCCUAACACAUACCAAAAUGUUAUGAAGUAUUCAUCAUAAUGUUGUUUAUAUAGACAGUUUAGGCACAGUAGACCAUUCUUAUCAAGGAGCAGUGGGAACCCUCCUGAAAUCUAAAUUCAAAAAUGCCAGCCAAGGGCCCACCUUACAAGCAGGUCUUUCUAAGGACAGUAAUCUCAAGCCUCCUGUGUUAACUCUUUUCUACACAGGUGGCUAUUGGUCAUUUUAUGGAGAUAAGGAAUAAGUAGAAAGUUGGAUAAGGGGUCAGGAGUCCAGAAGAGAGGUUGUGAUGGAGAUAUACAUCUGUUAGUCAUUAGCUAUUACAUCAGAUAUACAUCUGGUAGUCAUUAGUCAUUAGUGAAGAAGAUAGACAUCUGGUAGUCAUUAGAAGGUAUUUAGAUCCUGAGGCUAAAUAAAAAUCACCGAGGGGGUGGGUACAGUGAGAACUCCAAGUACUGAGCCCUUGAGCAAGAAGUUGAGGUAGUAAGGAGGAGCUGAGGAGACUGAGAAGAAGCAACUGAUGAGGUGGUGUGAGGUGGAAUGAGAGUCAAGAGGAUGUGGUAUCCCUAAAGCCAGAUGAAACACAGAAAGGAGUGACCAAUGGUGGCAGAUCCUGCUGGAAGAAAACCAUGAGUGGAAGAUCUCAAGUCCACAUUUUUUGGGGUGCUCCACUUGGUCCAUUGGAAAUGACAGUACCUCAAGAACCAACUUCUUUAAUGUCCACUGCUGACCCCUGGAAAGAAAUUCAGCUUUUGUACAAUCAACAUCCUUUACAUCUGAAGGAUGAAAAAUCCAGGCACAAAACCCUUGAAGACUAUCAAGCCUUAGAAGCUGUGGGCUCUCCAGAUCUUCCUCAUGGUCACUUUCCAGCAAAUUCUGUGAACAGCUCUGUUCAUGUGAAAGAUGACUUCAUACAUGGCAUUUCUGAAACAAAAACUUUAAAAUCCCAGAAGAGUCACCCCUUGGUUUCAAGUGAUGGAACCAAGUCCAAUGAGCAAAUAUGUGAGUUUAAGGGCAGAGUUCAGCAUUUAGCUGAAGAAAAAAAGUAUCAAAAUCUCUUCAGUGAAAAUAAGAUCGCAGAUGAACAACAUCAAGAUCGGUCAAACAUAUGUGAUCACAACUUUCCAAAAAAUUCCUUUCAGUUAGAUCCUAAGUGUGCAGCUGUAUUGGAUGUGGUCUGUAGGCCUGAACAGAUGGACACAGGGCCAGGAGCUAUCAAAACAAAAUGUGUACCAACAGAACAUCGUGAAAUACAAAACCAGUGCCUGGAGUUCUUUUCCUCUAAUUCAGUAGACAAGCCAAAGCCUGAAGAAGCAGUUGGGAAGGUCUCAGGCCUUAAAAUAUCAACCAAUACUGAAUUUCUCAGUAUAAUGACCUCCAGCCAGCUUGCUUUUUUAGCUCAAAGGAAGUAUAAAGGGCAGAAUUCUAUAAAUAAGACCGUAAACAUGGAGACCGAACCAGAGGCAAGUCAUGGGGAAAUAAGAAUAACCAAAGACAAUUUGAAUCAGCCUAAUGAUGAUACUGCAGAAGGAGUAUAUGAAGAUGGACAAAAUCAAGCUCAUUCCCUUGAACUUGUUAGUCCUGUUUGUCCUGAAACAAGAAGUCACCACAUUCACUUAAACUCUGAUAAAGGUCUUGAAGAAAAUAUAGGAUCUCCAGAACUUUUCAGUGUUGAAGAUAAGCUGCUACCGAAUGAGAUAUGUAUUGAGCCAUGUAGCUCAGGAAUACUGUGUUCCCAGCUAAAUACUUUCCACAAACGUUCUAGUAAAAGAAGCUGGACCUCUGAAAAGAAAUCAGGCCCUCCUAAAGCUCUGUCUGAAGCUCCUCAUGUGGCUAAGAAAAUUAAGUUGAUUUCUAAUGGGAGAGAUCAUAUUGUAGCAGUGGGCCAAAGGAAUGCAUCUGAAUUUAAGGGCAUUAAAAAAACAUCAUUGAUAAAAAACUGUGAUUCUGAAAGUCAGAAGUAUCAUUGCUUAGUCAUGGUGUUAUCCCCCUGUCACAUGAAAGAAAUAACUAUAAAAUCUGGACCAAAUUCUGGCUCUAAAGUGCCUUUAGCAACAAUUGUGGUAAUUGACCAGUCAGAAAUUAAGAAGAAGGUUUUUCUGUGGAGGACUGCAGCAUUUUGGGCACUUACAGUGUUUCUUGGAGAUAUAAUUUUACUAACAGAUGUUACUAUUCAUGAAGAUCAUUGGGUUGGUGAGACAGUACUGCAGUCAACAUUUACCAGUCAGUUAUUAAAUCUUGGGAGUUAUUCAUCUGUCCGGCCUGAAGAAUAUUCCGGUGUAGUUAGUGAUGUUGUACUUCAAGAUUUACUGGCAUAUGUGUCUUCAAAACACUCCUAUCUCAGAGACCUUCCUCAAAGGCAGCCUCAGAAAAUGAGCAGUAUAGAAUUUGUAGAAUUGGAGCAGCUUCAGCCAGACAUAUUAGUCCACGCAGUUCUAAGAGUUGUUGAUAUCACUAUACUGACAGAGGCAUUAUACAGUUAUAGAGGACAGAAGCAAAGGAAAGUUAUGUUAACAGUGGAGCAGACCCAAGGUCAACAUUAUGUGCUUGUAUUAUGGGGUCCUGGAGCAGCCUGGUACCCUCAGCUUCAAAGGAAAAAAGAUUCUAUUUGGGAAUUUAAAUAUCUUUUUGUUCAGCGGAAUUGCAUCCUAGAAAACCUAGAAUUACAUACAACACCAUGGUCAUCUUGUGAGUGCCUGUUUGAUGAUGAUACAAGGGCAAUUGAAUUUAAAGCAAAAUUUCAAAAAAACACACCCUCCUUUGUGAAGAUUUCAGAUUUAGCAACACACCUAGAGGAUAAGCAUUCAGGAGUGAUUCUAAUCAAAGCCCAGAUUUUAGAGCUGGUGUUUCCUAUUUCAGCAACUCAGAAGAUAACUCUAAGUGCUCACAGUUCUCUGGAGAGUAUUUUUUCUGCUCUUCCCAAGGUUAUAUACACUGGCUGUGCAAAAUGUGGAUUAGAACUAGAAACAGAUGAGAACAAGAUCUACAAACAAUGUUUCAGCUGCUUGCCAUUUACUGUGAAGAAAAUAUAUUAUAGGCCAGCUCUAAUGACCAUAGUUGAUGGACUAUCUAAGGUUUGCAUCCACAUAGGAUCAAAGCUGAUAGAGAAGAUUCUUCUUAACAUUCCUCCUGACUGGCUCAACAGAGUAAUAGCCCCUCCCUCUGAUGUCACCUAUGGCAUGGUCGCUGCAGACCUGCUCCACUCCUUGCUGGCAGUCAGCGGGGCUCUUCGUGUCCUGAAGGUGCAGAGCCUCUUUGUGUUGGAUGAAAACAGCUACCCGCUGCAACAGGACUUCUCCCUCCUGGAUUUUUAUCCCAACGAUGUGAAGCAUAAGUCCCAUGCCCCUCUCUGAGGCCAGAUGAAGAAACUGCAGUCAUUUCAUGGAAAAGCACUGAAAUGGUGUCUUUCAAAGUGAAUUACCAGGGCUUUUUCUCAGGGUUUUUAAAUAAGAAUAUUUUAUAAAGAGAAUUGUGCUACAUAUAUUUAUUAAAACUUUCUUUUCCCU